UCCCCUCCUUUAUCCCUCCCGCCAUGGCUCCAUCCCUUCAUCCUUCUCCUCCCAUGGCCGACGUCGAAAAUAGCAAGCUCCUCCAGGAGCUCGACGCCCUGAGCCAGACUCUCUACCAAGCCCACACAGCCCGCCGAACGGCAUCUCUCGCCCUUCCCCGCACCACCAAUGCUAUCCCCCACUCCGACCAUUCCCAAACCACCAGUAACUCUUCCUAUGACCCCCGCACUCGCACCCGCCGCUUAUCCAUGUCUCCCUUUCGCUCUCGCCCGCAACCCGAAUCUAUGUCUUUGGAUCCACCACCCUCCGCCUUCUUUGACACCCCGAGCAACACAAAUAAGAAGGGGAUUUGGAGUUGGAAACCACUUCGAGCUAUUUCGCACAUCGGAAAGCAACGCCUCUCCAUCCUCUUCUCCAUCGAAGUCGUGACAAUCCAAUCCCUCCCUGCCUCGAUGAACGGUAUCCGCCUAGCCGUUAGCGUCCGGAAGAAGGAGUCAAAGGAAGGGGCUGUUAAGACCAUGCCAGCUAGAGUCUUGCAAGGCGCCGCCGAUUUCGAAGAAACUCUCUUCAUCAAAAGCCAUGUUUAUUGCAACGGUGGAGGAAGCUCGGGGAAGCCGCUCAGGUUUGAGCCCCGUGUUUUUGUCAUAUCCCCUAUUGCAAUUGAUGCUCCUGAGCUCGAUUUCGGCCGGAGCUCGGUUGAUCUGAGCUUGCUGGUGAAAGAGUCCAUGGAGAGGAGCAUUGAGGGGUCUAGAAUUAGGCAAUGGGACACAGUUUUCAAGCUCUCUGGUAAGGCCAAAGGAGGAGAAUUGGUAAUCAAGUUGGGGUUUCAGAUCAUGGAGGAUGGGGGAGUAGGAAUUUAUAGCCAGGCAUCUGAGGUUCCAACCGGAUUGGGCUCCAAAGGGUCGGGUGACUCAUCUUCAACCUUCGCUCGACGGCAUUCGAAGUCGUCAUUUAGUAUCUCGAGCCCGAGGGCGAUGCGACCAGCACCGCUGCCUUCCAAGGAUGGAAAUUCAGCUCCAGAAUUCACAGGGAUUGAAGAAUUCAGCUUGGAUGAAGACCCUUCACCAAAAUUUCAGCCUGAGCCAGAGGCCAAGACUGAAGAUCUUGAUCUCCCUGACUUUGAUGUUAUUGAUAAGGGAGUUGAGGUCGGUUUUGGAGGGGAAGAAGAGGUCGAGGUGGCAUCAGAUCAGGCCUCGGCCUCGAGCGAGGUUGUGAAGGAAGUAGUGCACGACAAUGCACACUCACUCAGAUUGACAGAGCUCGACUCGAUCGCAAACCAAAUCAAAGCUCUUGAAUCCAUGAUGAUCAAUGAAGGUGGCGAAGAGCCACAGCCAGGAGAAGCUCAGGAGCUUGAUGCUGAGGAAGAGACGGCAACAAGGGAGUUUCUUCAGAUGCUGGAGCUUGAAGGUGAUAAAGAAAUAGCUAACUACUCAUUGAAGACUGAAGCGAAAGAAGGCCCUGAAGAAGAAAAAAGCUAUCUUUCUGAUCUAGGGAGGGGUCUAGGCUCAGUUGUUCACACAAGAGAUGGAGGCUAUUUAACCUCCUUGAAUCCAUUUGAUAUCGAAAUUUUGAAAAGGGAAACGCCAAAACUUGCAAUGCAGGUCUCCAAACCAAUCAUCAUCAAUGAUCCGAAGCCCUCGGCCGGGAUCGAAAUCUUCCAGAAGAUUUCAGCAAAGGGAUUUGAAGAGCUUGGAUCAAAGCUGCUGUCACUAACUUCCAUGGAUGAGCUCAUAGGUAAAACUGCAGAACAGAUUGCAUUUGAAGGAAUUGCAUCAGCUAUUGUAACUGGAAGAAAGAAAGAAAGGGCCAACUCUACUGCAGCUAAGUCUGUAGCUGGUCUGAAAUCAAUGGCCAAAGCAAUGAAUGAGGGGAGAAAAGAGAGAAUUUUAACUGGGAUUUGGAAUGUGAGAGAGGAACCAUUGGUGUCCAUGGAGGAAAUUCUCUCAUUCUCACUGCAGAAGAUGGAGACAAUGGCGGUCGAAGGGCUUAAGGUAGAAGCUGGAGUGGCAGAAGAGGAACCCCCUUUCGACAUUUCGCCAGCUAUCGAAAGCAAUGGAAGCUCCAUUCUCGACUCCGCUGUCACACUCGAGGAUUGGUUAAAGAAAGAUAAUGGUGAAGCUAAAGGAGUUAUUUUGAUGGUUUUGGUUCAGUUGAGGGAUCCGGUGAGGCGGUACGAGGCGGUUGGAGCUCCAAUGAUCAUGAUGGUUCAGGCGACUAGAGGUGGUGGCGGUCCGAGAGGCGGGGAGGAGGGGUUCAAAGUGGGAAGCUUACAUGUUGGAGGAAUGAAGCUGAAGUUAGGGAGGAAGAGGAGUGUCUGGGAUGGGGAGAGACAGAGACUAACGGCUAUGCAGUGGCUGGUGGCUUAUGGAGUGGUGAAGGGUGUGAAGAAGGGUAGAGAGGGGGAAGAUAAAGGAGGAAAGAACUUAAUCUGGAGCUUUUCUGCAAGAUUAAUGGCAGAUAUGUGGCUGAAGGCAACUCGCAAUCCUGAUGUUAGGCUUCAUUUGGAGUGAUUUAUGCUUUGAUAGAAUCUAUUUUCGCAAUUACAGUUUCUAUUAGGAUAACUUACAUGUAUAUCAUUGGACUUUUAUGCUUUGAGCAGGCUCUUGAGUUGGCUUGAAUAUUGUUAUGAAUUGAUUUAGUUUUAAGUUAUUUUGUUCCUGUAUGUUAUCACAUCAAAUGUAAAUAUUUAUAAAUAGAUGUCAUAUGUGAUGUAUUAAUUGGGGAAAAUUUUGAAUAAAGCUUUAGAUUAAAUUUUUCUCCUCCAAAA